AUGCCUUCGUCUAACCCAGCAUCAGCUACGACCAGCAGCGUCCCAAGACUGAGCGUCCGGGUCCGCUGGAGCACAGACCCAUCAGAAGUCACCCGCCUCCUCAAGCUCAUCAAGCGCAACCCACUAUGGCACCAAGCGUGCUUCCCUCAGGGGAUCACCAACCUCCGUCACGUAUACACUACCUACAUCGACAUCUUCAUGCUUUUUUACAAAGAUGACCGAGCAAUGAUGAAGGACACGGAGAGGCAGGGAUUGGUCGUGAAAGUGGAAGGAGACGAUGGAGAGACGACUUGGGUGGCAACCAAGAAGUUCAGCAGUAGGGUGGGGAACCCUGUGAGGACAAAGAUCGAUGCUCUGAAGAAAGACUUGAAGGCGGGGGUGUACACAAGCGUCCACGGGUUUCUUCCGUCUUGGAAAAGAUGGAAAGACGUACCCAAGGACCUCCGAGCCCAUCUCAAAGUCCUUCAUCCCUACUAUUUUCGACUACUCGAACUCGCCGGGUCUUCCCCCGACUUUGAUUAUCCCUCAUCUCCCAACAUCGACAAGAAAUCUAAGCCCUCCCCCACUCCUAGACCGCUCUCAAAAAAAGAAAUUGCUAGACGGCGGGGCUGCGGUGUUGUGUCAGAGACGACCACAAAGAGCAAGGGCAAACGACCUGCAACUGCUCCGCCCUCCGAAGAUGAGAGGAUGGCAGGGUCAGGGGAGAGCGACAGCGAUGCCCCAGUAACUAUGACCCCGAGUCAUAAGAAACCAAAACCAACUAUUCGAGUCUCCGGCACCGCUUCUUCUACGGAUGCUCCCGUCUCUUGCAUGUCUCCUCAGUGGGACACAAACCCGCGAAUCAUCAGCCGCCUCCUUCGCAACAUCCGAAGUAACCCCUCAUGGCGUCAAGUCUGCUUUUCUGAAACUGAAGUCGCCGUGCCACAGGCAUACAAAGUAUACAAAGAUAUCUUCCUGCGAUCUUUCCGAUUUGAUCCGGCCAUGAAGGACGCGGAGAAAAAGGGGCUGGUCGAAAAGAUCGAAGGGAAUGGUAAAAAGCCGACGUGGGUUGCCACAGAGAAGUUUGCAAGGCAUGUGCACAACCCUGUGAGGGCUAAGGUAUCGGCACUAAAGAGAGAUUAUAAGGCGGGAAUUUAUACACCUCACUUUGAUCAGUCUUGGGAGGAUUGGCCGGAUGUUCCCGCGCGUUUGCUUGAUAGUUUGGAAGCUGAUUAUCCCUACUAUUUUGACCUUCUCCAACUCAUGCGGCCAUCCUCCAACCCCAGUCGCAAACAUCCUCUGGAUAACUGUCCUCCCUUUUGCUCACCGGCGUUGAGGGAGAAGCGAAUCGAAUCGGCAAGAAGAGCAAGCGUACAGCCGCCCAUUCACCCUCCCCCUCGCAUGAUGGAUAUAUGUCGGAGGCAGGCGGCAGUUCGGGUACGGGAAGCAAUCAGCCCAGCUCAUCCGUCCCGAGACUUUCUCCUUCCUGGGACAAGAGAAGGCACACCAGUAUCAGAGAUCUUCUCUACUGUAUUGACCAUCGUCGCUCGUGGCGUCAAGCCUGUUUUCCUGAACACGACGCCUCCGGACGGGAUUUAUACGGCAUCUACAUCGACAUAUUUCUACAUUUUUUCAGAAAUGACCCGGUAAUGGAGCACGCGGAGAGACGUGGGCUGGUUAGGAAAGCGGAUGGGACCAAUGGAAAGAAGAAGUGGGUCGCGACGAACAAGUUUGAGAAACCGGUGGUCAACCCUGUUGAGGAAACGAUACAGACUCUGACGGUCGCCUUCAAAAGGGGCAGAUUUCAUGAUGACGGCUUCCAUCCAUCAUGGUACAGCUGGAGUAACGUACCCAACCACGUAAAAGCUGAUCUCAAAACUAAAUAUCCCUACUAUUUCAAGCUACGCGCACUCAUCCAAGCAUCCGGCCCAACCACCCUAUCCGGCAACGUCGACGUCGAGGAAGAGGCUGACGUGAAGCGACCGGGAAAGGGUAAACGCGCAGCUAUCUCUGUGCCCUCAUCGUCGUCUGAAAAUGAGGAUAUGGCAGAGGCAAGCGACAGAGACGACGAUGCCAAUGUGUCUCAAGUGUCAAGACGCAAGCACUCGUCCUCUCCCCUCCCAGUAUCUGUCCCUCGCAAGCGGCCGCGCGUCCUUCCAUCAAGUAGCCCUUCUCACGGAUCGGAGUACUCCGAAGACAGCAGUGUCGUCUUUCUGGAGCCGAGAGUAGCUCCAGGGGCAAGAGAGGACACGGCUAUGGGAGUGUCCUCUUCCGAAGAAGGCGAGGAAGAAAGUGGAGGAGACGAGGAAGUCGAAUGAGAGGCAGUCGAGAAAGAAAGCGGUCACAAAAUUCGUUGUCCUGUCUUUAUAACAAAUGCAUGAGUCAACGCUAG